AUGAAAAAUGAUCUUCUUCCUAUUGACUGGGCAUCCAAACCCUCCAGCGAUAUCGACGAGGUUUGUUGUCAGUUCAAAGUGAUAUUCCAUAGCCACAUCUCCAUUCGCUGCCCAAUCAUGCGAAGAAGACCAACAAGCAGACUCCGCUGAUUGACUCCAUCCUUGAAAAAGGAAGUUAGCAAGCAGAGGAAGUUAUGGAAAAGAUCCAUCAUUUAUCGGAUGCUUGAGUUCAUAAACAGUAACAAGUUACUGAGAAACCGAGUCAAAAUUCUCAUCGCCAGAGAUCGGAAAGUCUUCGAAAAGGAUCUUUUGAACCGUGCCAUGGUUAAUCCCAAAGUCCUUUACAGCUACAUAAGACAGAGCACACGGAACAAAGACCCCAUCCCACUGCUGUGAACGGCCGAGGAAACGGAAAACUCAGAUGACAAGGAUAAGGCUGAACAUCUCUCUCUCUCUCUCUCUCUCUCAGUUUUUUCAGUCCGUAAGACAAAGAAACGCCCACCGUUGGACCAGUCCUCUUCACCGAAACAGUCGUUCAGGAAGAGUUGCUAAACCUGAAGGAAUCGACUUCCCAGGCCCUGGUGCAAUCCCGACCAAGCUGCUGAGGGAGCUAGCUCCCGAAACGGCCAAACUACCAGUCUUGCUCUUCCAAGCGUCAUUUACUCCUGUGUGCCUACCCUCCGAUCGGAAGUCCGUUACCGUCACUUCACUAUUUACGAAUGGAAGUCGAGCGUUUGCAAAUAACUACAGGUCCGUGAGCCUUACCUCCAUCUGUUGCAAAAUCAUGGAGAAAAUAAUUAGAAAGUGUUGAUGCAGUUCCUCGAGCAGAAUCACAUCCCCUCCGGUGCCCAGCACGGCAUUCGAAGUGGUAGGUCCUGUCUCGCGAAUCUGCUCUUCUCACUCGAACGUUGUACCAAAGCACUGAAGAAGGCCAUACGGUGCACGCCAUCUACAUCGACUUCAAAAAAGCCUUCGCCAACAUUCCUUAUCAAUGUCCUUUGCAUAAACUGCGCAACGUAAGAGUUCGUGGAAGCCACCUUGUACGGAUACAGAAUUUUUUUGACUGGACGGUCCUAAAGGGUGCUGGUCAGAUACCAGCAGUCCUCAGAGGCGCCCCACAGGGUUCAUUCUAAGGCCCCAGGUUAUUCCUUGUUUUGAUAAAUUACUGCGUCAGAGACCUGAACAGUGAUGCCGUCCUGUCCGCUGACGACAUAAAAUUGUGGAAAGUUAUUUACAAUGCGGCAGGCGCAGACCACCUGCAAACAAACUGGAACAGGCUCGAGGAUUGAUUGAGGCGCUUUCUUAGGCCAUUCAAUGUAAGUAAAUGCAACUUUCUUCAACUCGGCAGCUGGAGGACCCUCAGCCCCAGCACAUCACUGCAACAAGUUAACAGUCAGAAGGACUUGGGUGUGUGGAUUGCAUCUUCACUCAAACGAACACUUAACUGCGCGAAGGCGACUAAAUCGGUCAUGCAAUAUGUAAGUUUAAAUAAACACGGUACUAAAAUUUUGCCAGUAAUAUAUACACUAAAUAUAAUAUUUUUCAUCGAAAAUGCAGUGCCAAAACUCAAACACAUUCAGUUGUAGAUGAUAUCGGUAAAAUGCAAUGACAGUCAUCCGCAUUAGCGGUAGGUGUAUGCAAGGCGUUGGUUUGGCACCACAGGGCUGUUCUGUCCAGACAAGCGGUAUUGUCCAAGCAAAUAUACAUCUAGUCUUUGCAUGAACGUCUCCGUAGUAUCCGCCAUUAUUACGUCCUCGGGAAACCCGUUCCAGGCACCGACGACUCGCUGUGAAAAACAGAAUCUUCGAACGUCCAGGCGGCAUCGGGACCCUCUAAGUUUUAGGAAGUUUCCACGCAGGUUUGUUAUUGUGGCCAGGGUGAAGAAAUCGUCGAGGUGUAGGGCACAGUCCAGGUUCCUCAAUAUCCGAUACGCCUGUAUGAGAUAACCUCGAACCUGCCUGUACUCAAGAGGAAAGAGAAUAAGUUUACUAAGUCGGCAAUUGUAAGGUAAAGUCCUGAGGCCUUUCACAAAUUUUGUCGCUCUCCUCUGAACUCUUUCUAGCAACUUAUAGUUUUUUCAGCCGCGGGCGCCACGCUUGGAUUCCAUAUUCCAGGUGCGAACGAAUGAACACUCCGUAUACUUUUCCAAAUAACUCUUUGUCUAUGUCUACGUAAGUUCGUUUGAUGGCAAAGAGAGCACUGGUUGCCGUUUUGGCCGCCCUAACGCACUGAGAGGAAGGCUUAAGAAUCGACACAACGUUGAUCCCAAGAUCUUUUUGUUAGGUCACAUUUGAAAGGCACCUUCCACCAAGCAGACUGUUGCUUUGUCGCCAGUAAAUUUUUCUACUCGGGCUAACACGCCCACUUUGCGCGGUCAUCCCCUAGAACAACGCGCGGGUAAAGCAAGAACCAAUGUGUGGACUUGACACGUACUAAGCCGCCCAACUACCAGUCGCACAAGCCCUCACGUAACCAGCCAUCUAACUUACAUUUCCAACACCGCUUACAAAGUGUGAGUAGUCGUUCGUGUUUGCCAUUUUUGGACCAGCAGACAGUUCCCUACCUUUCUCAUGCAAUUAUGUUAACAAUCUCUCUCUCUCUCUCUCUCUCUCUCUCUCUCUCUCUCUCUCUCUCUCUCUCUCUCUCUCUCUCUCUCUCUCUCAAUUUUCCUCUUAUCGGCGCCUUUUCGUAGACAAUCUGUAACAGGUAGGGAGCUCGAAGGCGUUCACCUAUCUUUCCCUUCGUAAAACUAAACUUAACUACGCCAGAUGGCGACAUGAUGAACCAAAAUACGAGUUGGGGAACAGAGGAGGUACCACGAGCAAGGUCACCAGCGCGCCUUGUACGAACUCACCCCUGCGCGGUACGUGGAGUACAGGCAUACAGAAUCCAAGACCAUCAGCUCCUCCACAAUGCGAUGGACAAGAAAAUCUCCAGGUUCGACUCCACGGAGCCAAUUUUUACUUACGAGAAGUUCUUAGCCAUGAACAGAGUCGUGCACUGUUUAAAUCAGUUGGACCCCAGCCCUUGACGGAGGUCUGACGGUUUACACAUUCAUAUUCAAAACAAAGAGCCUGUGGCUCGGUAGUUAGGACGUUGAACUCCCAAACGACAGGUCGCAAGUUUGAACCCCAGGUGUUCCACACUUCGGGGUUGGGUAUGACUGGCUGAGGACGGCCAAUAAGCCAGAAACAGCCAUCCCAGUCUCCCUUGUCGUUGUUAACAAUCUAUUUCUACAUCCAUAGAAUGUUUUUGCGACCGGUUUACUAAAUUCCUCCGACCUAUGCUGUUUAUCGGAAAAGGUAAUGUAGACCAGCGGAAACGCCAAAACAGUUUGCCGAGCACUUAUGUCGACUUUCAGACGCGAUGCAUCCAACCCUCACCUUGGCCAACAAAAAUAAUGCAUUGUCUCACAUUAUAAAAUGGCCGAGUACCUUAAAGUUAGUCCAUUUCCUCCUACUGUAGCCGCCGGGCCGUGAGGUACCAACAGGCGAGCAACUCACGUUGUGUUCAACCAGUGACAUUAAAACUGAGAGAGGUCAUAAGAGACCACGAUGCCUGUGAAAUGGUCGGUCAGCCAAAGAUCGACCCAACACGGCCUUCGACCUUCGACAAAACCUAUUCUUGUUUGAAACUCGGUAAUUUUGGCAUGUGUAACGCGGUUGCCACACUCCAACAGGUGGUGUUGGUGUACAUGUACAACGCUAUUCUAUUUAUUUAGACGAUGUAGCUGCUGUCGGUUUCGGGUGCCUCUUUCUAGCAUCUACUGUUUGUGUUUUGUAGAAAACCUGACAGUUCGACCGUCGUAACCGAAGGGUGACAGCAGGCACAGUGACAUUUGCGUGAUUCCUUUCACAGUGAUAAUAGACUUCCGUAGCAUCCCACUCCUCCUCCUCCUCCUCCUCCUCCUCCUCCUCCUCCUCCUCCGCCGCCGCCGCCGCCGCCGCCGCCGCCGCCGCCGCCGCCGCUGCCGCCCGGGUCGUUGGUCAAGAAGACCGGAUGUGAGAGAUGACUGACACGACUGAGGCCGCCCAUUGGCGUACCGUCAUGCCCUCUGGUCCACAACAAACACUUGACCAGGAUUGAAAUGAAAACGUACUAAUCUUAGGUCCUUCUAGGAAAAUCUGGCUCCAUAUCCCAACCUCUACUCAACUGGCUAAAUAUAAGUAAACAUCGACCUUAAUGAGUCUUGGUCGCGGAGACUGGUUUUUGGCAGGUCCAACUGCUGUUUUAUUUUAAAAAUGUGGUUUGUAUCGCAACCCAUAGCCUAACAGAGGCUUCACGUCUCACAACACCACCCUUCUUUUUAGAAGGAGAACAAACAAUGAGAACAAGGUUGUCAACGGUGAAUCUAUCCAGCUGGAUAUCAGAGUCAAUGAUUAGCAUGGAUGUCGUGACUCUCGUUACCCAUGCUCCUCUCAGACGCCUAUACGGAGCCAGUCUUGCGCAUAAAUGUACAGCUGUCGAUAUCAUGCGGGCGACGAUAACGAGGAUCCCAAGUUCAAAAUCAGGGGGACGGACUUCAGGGGGCCAGUUCCCGUUGUUUUCUAGAGCAGAAACGACUCUAAAGUCAACCAGAAGAGUUAUAUGAAAGUGAGUAAGCGAGCGUCUGCGCAAGCCCAGACUACGAGGCGCAGUUGAGUUCGUCAGGGAUGUUAUUUCGGCUAUUAACAUCGAGCUCACAGUCACUCCGACGCGCCUGAAUCAGCGGCGAGAAUCAAUGUAUUUUCAUGUUAUAGUCAUCCGCCGAACUUUCUUCUGCAGAUAGCCUCUAGCCGUAUCUUUCCGGCUGGAAUGCUCGUAGGUUUGCGGCCCUCCUUUAUUGUCUAACUUUAUCAGACGUGUGUCGGUAUAGCCUCCCCCACUUCCCCCUUCCCACUAUAUUUGUUGUAAAUAGACGUGAUCUUCCCUCUUUGUGUCUAGCUCUCCCCACACAAAUGACCUCCCCUCCCCAGUGACUUUCGAAUGGGUGCGAACGGUGGUGACAAUGUCCUUGGUCACACAAUCGCCGAGUACUACAAUGAGAAGGUUCUAGAAAAUGGCUUAGUUGUGUACUGAAAAGAAAAAUACACCCCAGUAUCCCUUUGUGUAGUGGCUCUCCUUGACAAUGCACUUUUUAGGAUAUUUCCCAAUGAACUCUCAUCAAUCACGGAAGUAGAUCAACAAAGAGAGAAGGGCAGCAGCCAUUAUUUGGCUUGAUAAUGUCCCCUUUAUCCAGUCACACACCCCAGUCACUGGCCGGACUUUCAGUUUGUCUGCAGUAAUUGACGAUUAUUUUCUUUACCCGAAUUUGGGCGCCGCAUGGACGAUACGCCAUGUCGUCUACGGAAGAGUCACGCCGAUAGAUGGGGACAUAUUUUUACGGCAUAUCAGCUCUUUCCUAAGUAAAAUGCAGCUAACGAGCUCCAUUCUGUAAUGACAAGUCAUCAGCCAUGACUUGGGAGGCUGUCCACUGGCGGUGCAAUCCCAUCCAUCAAGCGACUAAGGAUGAGGCUGCAAUGGCCCCUUAACGUGACGUUUUUGACACUACCAUCUACACGAGACCCGAUAGCCUCCUCGCCUGAACGUAGUCCGGUGCAUGAGCAAUAGGGAGGUCGGAUCGGUUGUGAUACGCGUAGAAGGACCGCACUGGACCCAAGAACCGGAGCGCCUCGUUCUAAAGCUGUCAGGAGUAGGGAUAAGAGGAAAUAUUCUAAACUGGAUUCAAGAUUUCCUAAACGGUCGUGGACAAAAAAGUCAUUGCGGGUGGCUACUGCUCAGAAUGGGAGCCUGUUACAAGUGGAGUCCCACAGGGGUCAGUUCUUGGACCGCUCCUAUUCACUAUCUAUGUAAAUGACCUAGUACGGGAAGUGAAAUCGGACAUAGCGCUCUUUGCAGACAAUCUCAAACUUUGGAGAGCAAUUAAAGACGAAGAUGACGUCAAGCGACCACAAGAGGACGUAGAAAAUUUGCACACAUGGAGCAAGAGAUUGUGCAUGAAAUACAACGUCAAAAAAUGUGCCGUAGUGCAUGCAGUAUCAGCGAGGCCAAGAACAAAUGCACCCUCACAACAGUAUCUUCUGGACAAUCAACCACUUAAAACCGCAGAUGUGCAAAAAGAUCUCGGUGUAUUCAUUAAAGACGGUGUAAACGUCACCACGCAGUUUUCUAAAAUCGCUGCUCGGGCAAGGUCAGUCAUGAGCGUGAUACGCAAAAACGUUUAUUCACUUGAAUACGGAUGUCUUUGAUAAAGUAUAUGGGACAUUUGUGCGGCCGCACCUGGAAUAUGCGGUACAGGCUUGACGGCCGUGGCUUCGCAAGGAUAUAGAUAUCCUUGAAGGUGUACAACGGCAUGCUACAAAGGCUGUUCAUGGUCUCAACAAUUUUGCGUACGAGCAAUUCCUGACGGCUUUGAACCUCUAUCCCCUCCACUACGGGCAGGACAGAGGUGACCUCAUAGCAACGUUCCAGUUGGUAAAAGGACCUAAUCUGGAUGUCGACCGGGAAACGUUUUUUUAAAGUGGCCUCCAAGUCUAAUCUCAGACGACAUGAUUACCAGCUUAAAAGGGAACUGUGUCACACAAAUCAACGUUCCUCCUUCUUCUCACAGGGGGUCAUUCGCCAAUGGAACUAUUUGCCGGAGUAUGUUGUUAAUUCCUUUACCGUGAGCGUGUUCAAGAGACAACUGGAUACUCAUCUGCUGAAAGGCAACCCAAACUGCCGAAGCCUGAUCUAACGGUUUACUGAAAUGACUACAAAUAUACUACUAACAUGAUUUUAACAGAUUCUUUUUUGUGCGUUAAACUUAGCCCAUAUGGAAAUUUUCGCAGUCCGAAUGCGGUGAAUAAAGUUCUUCGCAAUCAUUUCGCGAAUACCAUACCCCUUUCGCAUUUAUGUUCCAUCAUUAGAUUUAGGAAUUCUCCUUACAAAAACUACAAGCUAAAUUUUCGCAAUUUAACUAUUUUUUCCUUACCGUCUAAAUGGAGUUUUCAGGGCUUCAGUCGUUUACUCCAUAUAUACUGACUGACUGACGGUAACCCUGACUUUGUCGUACCAUCGGAGCACGGUGGGCGGGGAAGGAGGGAGCAAUAACGGUGUGGCAUAAGUCCACUUCACGACAGAUACUCUUGUGCCCGCCUUCCCCGACGGUAGGGCAUCUCGUUGACCGCGACAAUCGAACAAUCACAUAAGACUGAGGGGCCUGCUGCGGGCAUAGAGACACCUGUGAAUCUGGAGUGUUGAAACCCCUAACAGUAUUUCUGCAUUUCAGAUGCAAUGGUUGGGUGGAAUUCAAAUACAGUACGUGACCUAUCUCUUGAAAUCUGAUAACGGAAACUGAUGCGAGAAUUUAUGGACGUCUUUAAGUUUGCGUAUUUUGUUCGCUCAUCCACAUCCUUCAAUGAAAUGUCCUUUUUGUGCAGAAAUGGUGUUUACGUAAUGGUAUCAAGUAAAAUAUCAGUAAAUUUUAUCGAAAGUGGACGUUGGAAUAGAUUCGUGCAAUUUCUUAUGCUGAUACAGGUCCUAGACUCCGGUUACGCAUCUGAGUGACUGUUUAAUUGAAGGGAUAUUAAUUUACCAGCGAGAGUUUUAAUAAACGGAUUUUGCCGAACUUAAAAAUUUGUUUUAUGUCCGAUGCUAACCGUGGUAAUCAACUUGCGGAAACAAAGGUUAUUUUAGGAAAACCGGACAUUUUAUCAAUCCCUAAAUGUCAACUUAGCAGAUCUGUGCGAUUUGAUGCCCUAAAGUGCAGUAAUAACGCAGAUAGGGAUUCAUUCGUUUAAAUGGGCCGAAAUUAUUUUGCCGUUUGGAAAAUCCUACCUGAUGUCACAUAAUUGACCACCACCGAAUGGUCAUCUCCAGUUUUGAACAUACGAAAUACUACUUUUCGAGUAGUUUAGCUUCCGGAACAGUUCUGCAUCCCUCCAUGCCCAAACUCUGUCGUCACCCCUCCUGCUAUUGUAGCUUGGCCAACUUCAACAGGUGGUUGGCUAGUCGUGACCCCUGUCAUCAAUGCGAACUUUGUUGGCUUUGAGAAGCCACGGUGUGGUGUACUCCUAUUCGGGCACCAAUACCUAUUUAUGUAUACGUAGAACUUUCAAUCGAACUUUUCAUCCGCACCUCCAUGCUACCGCACUGGCCGGCUUCUCGUAAUUGCCUACGUAGUUUCAGCUUUUCAUUGCAGGCUGUUCGUCUUUUUUUAAACAGACGACCGCCUGAGAUGGCAGUUGAAAGACUUCAAAGACAAAACCGGAGAACAGUGUUUCAGCGAAGCGCUACCUCGAUAUUAAUAGUCCUCAUCUCAACCGUUGGAACGACGAGAUCGCUGACGGGGCCUAAUAAAACAUAAUUGCAUUUUCCAGCCUACCUCACCUAUGUCGAUUGUACUUUUAAUUGCUGGCCUUUAUCUAAACUAUCAUUGGACAAAGGACUUUAUUCGCCCAGUGCUUCACCUCCAAAUUUGUAAAUCAUUAACGUAGAGACAGGGAGCGAUUGUGAGAGAAAGAGAGCCCGCCCGUCAGACAGACGGCUAAUGAGAUUCGCUAGGUUUCAGUAUUUAUAAGACUGCGUUGGUCACGCAUCCGCUCGUCUUUUUGUUGGCAGACCCUCCUCCACUCACCUACAAUGCCUAUCAUUCAUAGCAUCUGUUUUCUGCUCGCGUAAGUUAUCGGUUGACCGACCGCGCCCGAGUGGCUGUUCUCCGAGCGACGUGAGGAUCGCUGUACGCUCAAAUAGGAAAAAGCAUCUAAUCUGCGAGGGCUAAGAAUAGCAGGCGGCGAGGCAUUGGUGAAAUUCGGUUCGAUAAAAUGCUUCUGGAUGGUGAGGAGAAGUUGGCAAACUUGCGUUCACGUCUGGCAGACUUCAGAAGCCGGCAGCCGACAUCUCAUCAGCACACUGCGAACUGGAAUCGCCCGCAUGCGGGAGACGGCGCCGAAGGACUCACUACCAGAGCAGGAAGCGUCAGAAGUCCGUUAUUCCAUCUAGCAGAGUUGCGGUCAAGGCAACGAAACGAUAGAAACGGAGAAUGGAGGAGCGGGUGGGAGAACGCGUACCAUCAGUAAAGAUGAGUGGCUUCAUCCGUUACACCUACCCGUUAGACCUGGUCACAAUUAUUGAACGAGGUCACAACCGCGUGAGUUGCGACUCGCUUUGGCGAUGGUUCUACGGUCAUGAAGAUCAGCUAGACCUGGGUACGAAGCCAUGCUGGAGGACUCAUCCGCGUCCAUAACUUGCAGCUGCCUCCCGGAGUGAUACAGACAACCACGACGACGGGAAGGACUGAUUGUAUAACCUCUCUUCCCUUCCUGGAGAUGGAUUCCAGAUCCAGUGCAAAAGAAGAGUUCCAAAAACUGUUUCUUCUACAGUUCGAAUGUUCGUCCUGGAAUGUUGGUUUUCUCAUCAGGAGUGAUUUUGAAUGACGAAACCGAAGAGCGUGAGAGAGAGAGAGAGGAGAGAGAGAGAGAGAGAGAGAGAGAGAGAGAGAAGAGGAUGCAUAUUCCCCACGCGGACUCACUGUUGUCUGGAGAAUGUGCGCAAACUUUAAAACCCAACUGCGACUGGAAUCCUGCGCCAGAGUAAGUAGCAACACCUAAGCUCAUCUUGAACUCUUGCACUGCAAACCCGGAGGCCGAUUUACGUUCUCUGCGACUCUUUUUGUACCCAAGGCUCAGAUACUGCCACUACUACUACCAUCAUCACCACCACUACCACCAUCAUCGCCGCCGCCACCACCACUACUACCACCACCGCCGCCACCACCACCACCAUCAUCAUCACCACCGCCGCCGCCGCCAUCCCCACCACCACUAAGAUAGUACUGCCGGGCGCACGAGGCGUGACAACUUCUGUGAACCCCAGACUACCACCGCCACCACCUUUUCCUCCUAAGAGUGUCUCGGUACAGCCGUCGUAAGACGCGCAACCGAUGAUAACCAUGCUUUAUUUAAGACUCGCGAUCGAUCAGGCGUCCUGCCGUGCACGUGGUCAACUUAUGUUCCAAGCACAGCGCCUCAUCAAAGAGGAAAGACUUCGUAUAAUGCGGCAACUUUAAAUAUUUCCAUCACUCGGAAUAAUACUUCCUGCGGCACUGCCAAGCAGUCAGUUAACUUUUCAUAAAAGUGACGACUAUACGAAUUCUUUCUGAUGCAUCCUCGAAAAGAUCAUUCUGAAAUACCGCAAAGGAACAAUUCCGGGGCUACACUUUCUUCCAUCUGCUACAAACCCAGUCAGACUGAGAAACCGCAUAAAGCGGUGAAUACGAAAGUGAGGACUUCGGAAUCCGCGCCUCGACAACAAAGCAUCAAGUGGAAAGACGAAACGCCGGCCACUACAGUAGCCGUGAAGACCAACUGUGGCGAUCGUCUGUGUGACCUCCGUCAGAAUAUCGAGUGUCUGGUUCAGGAAGUCCAGCAGGAGAGCAAUAGCCUGCUCGACUUGGUACAACGAUCCCGUGAAUCACAGGUAACUGAUUCGGACUGCCCAUCUUCAGCGCAACUCAAGCCGGCAAGAAAAGGUCGUUGGAAAUUGUCAAAGUCAGGACGUUCGAACAGUACUACAGCUCAGUCGGUGACUUCAGAACGCCCCGGCAGUUGUACUAGCCAACGGUCUCCCUCCCCCCUACUGGCCGAUUGUUGUACAAAGCUGUCGCCGGCGGGUUGCGAGUUGUCUCCCAAUCUCGAAUCCCUGCAGGAGCUGGGCUGGAUUUCUCAGGCCAUUUCCACAGACAUGCACAGUCUGGCCAUGAGCAAACGUAAUGCCAACCAACCGUCCGCCUGUUGCAACCCUGCGCCAAACACUGAAUGUAACCUGACUAUGCUGCAGACACUGAGAGAACUGAAUGCCUGCGCUAGAACGCUCAUGAGGGACGUUAGCGAAACAACAACGUGCAUGAUGGAGGAUCGUAUCCGCCGGGCCUGUUGCCCCCCUCCUCCGCCACCGCCGCCUCCGCCACCGCCACCACCACCACCGCCACCGCCGCCACCACCUCCGCCCCCACCGGAUACCGACCCCCUCAUUCUGCAAGCACUGCUGGAGAUCAAGUAUGGCAUUACUAGCAUCGACAGGGGCAUGCGAGAGAGGGCACAAAGCGCACGCAAGUCGCGCAAGAGGACCCCGGAUGCACAACCGGCUAUGCGGGAGACCUUCAACGUCAUUAAAGAGAGUAUCCGAGCUCUGAGCACUCCAAAACCUUCUCAGACGCGCGCCGUGGCUUUGGCACAGAUGGCCGCUGCUGCGGCCACAAAACGAGCCCAGGAAGCUGAGGAGGAGACUCAGGAUCAGAUACAACACCUGAUGCGAGACAUCCGUGACAGCGUUUUCGCCCUAGAGGACCCCGAGGACACAGAGUCGUCUGAGGAUGAGUAA